CAUUAUUCUACCAUUUAUUUGACAUACUAGUCAUCAACCUAUAUUUGUUGAUGAAUUCUACUUGUUUUUUUUUUUUUGAAUCUAAAUUAUUGUUUAUUUAGCAGAAUUUGAAUUAAUGAGUCAUUCAUCCGUUGGUCAAGUUAUUUAUAAUGUUAUAGUACUUGCACGAGGUCAAUGAUUGUGAUUAGAGAUGUCAUGAUGGAAUAUAAUGCCAAUCUAAUCUUAACAUUAUAAAAAUGCAAGCUCAACUUUGUAGGUAGUCAUGCUAGCCAGCUCAUUGUUAAUCACAAAAUCAAAAACAAAAACUUCACAGGAUUUGCGUGGCCUAUUCUAUUCUAGCUUAUGAGUAUAUGACCUAUUUUACUCCAUAUAAAAAUCCAAACGUAUCUGAUAUUUGAUUAUUUUGUUCAAAACAUAAUAACCGUGAUACGGUACGGACAGAGCAAAAUUGAUAUACAAGCUUUUGGUCCAAAAACAUUCAUAUAUUAGUGUUUUGAGUUAAUACUCUUUCAAAACGUGAUAAGAUCAAUGAUGCUACCAAAGGUGUUUUGCAACAAACUAGAAAGUGAUGUUCUCAUCUUAACCUCAUUUGGGUAGUUCUUUCAAAUAAGUAACUUAGGCGUGUGAAUGUCGAGAAAGUGUGACAACGAGCAAAGGGCAUUGGCAAAUAUGAUGUGAUAUUCUCAACAACUUUGUUUAUAACCUACUCGCAAAGAGAAGCGCGCAUACACUAAUAUAUAUACACAAUUACACAUUUUGACGUUGAUUUAAUAUUGUUAACUUUCGUGAUUUUUUUCAACUGAUUGGGAUACUAGAUUGCAAGAGUCAUCUAGCAUUUCAAUAGGGAAUGAUCAGUUGAUCACCGUGAGCUUCGACAUAUAUAGUUGAACCAAUUUCGAAAACAAUACAUGAAAAUAAUGUACAUAUGAAUAAUGAAAGGUUCCAAACGAUGCUUCACUAUAAGCUCUUUCUAAACAAAUAUAUGAUAAUAUAUAGUAUGAAAAAGGUAAAUGGACAAUGGUAGAUAAUUAGAUAUAGAACUUGGGGGAUAUGUGCGAGUAAAGAGACAAAAAAAGACAGAAAGGCGAAGACUCGACAAAUUGGGUUUGAUGAAGUAUGAUGCCAAACUUGUGCUUGUCUCAAUACAGACAACCCCGAGAACGAGCCUCAAUGGCGUGAACCCCUUUUCAAACCUUGACAUAAUAAACUUUUUGAUUUUUUUUUUAAUAAAAUAGUUUCUUUAACUUGUUUUGGAACUCUCACUUUUGUGUUUCGUGCUCUCUCUAUCUCACAUACACAUAUUAAUAUAGUAUACUAUAUAACAUAGUGGUAUGUAGAUAGACAUACAUAUGUGUAAGUUCAUUUUCUUUGAUAUAAAAGAAGAGGAGAAGAACAAAAAAAAGAAAAAUAGCACAAACAAAAAACUUCUCAUAGCUAAAAUCACUUGAAGACAAUGAAGCUAACUAGAGUCACCUUCUUGUUUUGUGCAUUGGCCUUUUUAUUGCUUAUAACUCCAACAUGUUCUCUAAAACUCCAUGCUCGCUUCUCAUCUCCUAGCCAAGGUGUAAGCGAAAAGAUUGUUAUUGGAAUGGCGCCGCCACGGAAACUUAUGAUCAUCUCCAGUGAACAUGAAAAUGUGAUGAAGUCAGGGGCUCAGGAAAGUUCAAGCGAACAACCUCGAGUCACUUCUUCUUCUGGAAAAUCUAAGAAUGAAGAGAAGAGAUUAGGUGAAGAAGAAGAGGAGAAAGCUCUAUCGAAAUAUCUAUCGAUGGAUUAUCCAAGGUUUAGAAGAAGACGACCAGUUCACAACAAGUCUCUACGUCCAUGAUUUUUCUUAGUUCAAUACAACUAUUAAUUUAAGCAGAUUAAUCAAUUAAUUAAGAUAAGUUAGGAUGGCUAAGUGGUUGGUAUAAGAAGUUUUGGCGAUAUUAUUGUAAUUAACGGAAUGUGUUCGUGUUAAUUCUUUUUAUAUUAUGGUAAUGGCCGACAAGAAUUAAGCAAAACCCUAAGUCUCUGGUUUGGGGUUUGAGCUUACCUGCUCUUCGUUUCACGCACUGUAACAUGAUGGCUGGUUUGGUUGUAUUUUUUUAUGUUAUAUCGCAAGAGAAAAACGAUGUUUGAAUUCCA